GGGAGUCGGUGCUCCGUUACUCUCGGUGUCUCUCGGUGGUUUAACGGUGGACUGUCCGCAGCUGAAGAGACACAUUCAUGGAUAAAACGUGAAGAAACCGGAGAGGAACCGGAGAGGAGGAGCACUUUCAUCCGCGGUGUGUGAUGGAGCAGCACAGUGACUACGUGUCUCAGCUGAAGUUGGAGUUUGACAGCUGUGACUCCACCAGCUCUGGAUUCCUGGACCGAGACGACCUGACGGAGCUCUGCAGGAAACUGAGGCUGGACACACACCUUCCUCUGCUGAUACACACACUGCUGGGGGAGAGGCACCACGCCAGGGUGAACUUUGAGGAGUUUAAGGAAGGCUUCGUGGCCGUUCUGUCUCGCUCUCUGGACUUCAGCACCUCAGAGGACGACAGCAGCUACCUGCAGCCAGUGGUCCCUGAGGAGGUGAAGCCGAAGCUGGUGAAGGGUUCGAAGCGUUAUGGCCGGCGCUCUCGCCCCGACAGCAGCUCCAGCGCCGAGCGGAGAGACGAGGAGGCGCAGGGGUCUGGAGCUGAAGAGGAGGAGGAGGAGGAGGAGGAGGGGAGGAGAGCCAAGCUGAGGCGCUCCACCUCUCUGGAGAGUGUGGAGAGCCUGAAGUCUGAUGAGGAGACAGGAAGUCAGAAGGAGAACGUCCUCGCAGACUUUCAGUCUAAAGGUGUUCAGCAGGAGGAGGCGGAGCCAGGAGGAGGAGUCACACAGGAAAUGGACGAGCUGCUGGACGUCAGAGACUUCCAGAAGGUUCUGCGAGGCUCCGCCCCCUUCUCAUGCUCCGCCCCCUUCUCAUGCUCCACCCCCCUACGAUCAGCUGACCUGCAGAGGACGCCAUACCGGGUUGCUGCGGCGCUGGAAGAGUGCUCGGUCCGCUCCACCUCCCCCUCCCUGCUGACGGCAGCCGGGGGGGGGCAGCGGGUUCUGACCCGGCUGGACGAGGGCUCGGGGUGCACCGGACCUGAGAGGGUGCUCAACCUGUGGAGAGAGGAGGGCAUCAGGAACAGCCGGGACAUCCUGCAGACGCUGGACUUCUCCCUGGAGGAGCGCCUCUCUCUGGUGGAUCUCACUCUGGCUCUGGACAACGAGCUGCUGGUCAGCGGGAACGGGAUCCACCAGGCGGCGCUCAUCUCCUACAAGAACGAGAUCCAGCAUCUGCAGGUGCAGGUGGAGCAGGCCUGCAGGCAGAGGGACAAGAUGAAGGCUGACCUGGAGCAGGCGGAGCAGAGGAACCUGCAGCUGGUGGGGGAGGUGGACGAGAGGCACGCCUGCAUGGAGACCCUCAACCACAGCCGUAUCAGGGAGCUGCAGCAGGGCUUCAGGGAGCGUGUGCAGAGUGUUCGCAGCGAGGCGGAGCAGGAGAACGAGGCGCUGCUGGAGAAGGGCGAGCGAGAGAGAGCAUCUCUGCAGGAGGAACUGAGGCUGCUGCGAGAGAGAGAAGUGCAGCUGGAGGAGGAGCUGAGCAGCACCUCACAGGAGAGCCGUCGUCUGGAGGAGGAUCUGAGAGCAGUGAAGAUGAAACUGAGUGAAGCAGAGAGCACCGUGAACAAACUGCAGAGAGACCUGGACCAGCUGCUGCACCUCAAGUUUGGCAGUUUGGACCCGGUGGCCGCUGGUCUGAGCCACGAGGAGAGAUUCUCUCAGAUCGUCAAAGACUACGAGCUGCAGCUCCGGGAGCUGCGGGACAGGAACGAUGAGCUGAGCUCAGAGGUCGAGCUGCUGAAGAAUCAGAGGAGCGAGAAGAAGAGCCGACGCUCAGCUGGAGACGCUCCUAACUGGUCUCAACAACACAACUCUGACUCUGACGAGUCGGACAUGAAACGCGGUGCGUCUCCUCCGGCCAGGAAGAAGCUGCAGCCAUCAGAUAAGACAGCUCUGUGCUCUCUGGAGGAGGUCUCUGGUCCGGCGCUCAGUAUUCAGACAGAACUUGCCGUGGAGCAGCUGAAGAUGAAACACAACGAGGAUCUGCAGCAGCUGCACAUCCAGCUGGAGACUCAGGUGAACUACUAUGAGCGCAGUCUGGAGGUGAUGAGGCAGAGCAUGGAGGUGGAGCGGAAAGACAUCUCUCAGGCUUUCAAGAUGGAGAUCAGCGAGGUGGAGGAGCAGAAAUCUCAGGUGGAGCAACAGGUGAAGGAGCUGAAGGAGGCGCUGGAGAAACGAGGAAGAGGAGGAGGAGGAGGGUGGAGCCACGAGCAGGAGCGCAAGAUGCAGCGGGAGCGUGCGGAUCUGGAGCAGAACUUCGCCCGGGAGAUCGGGAACCUCGUGAAGAGUCUGAGAGAAGAGAAGGACGAGCUGGAGGCGGAGCUGCAGCUGAAGAUGGACCGCGAGACGAUGCUGCUCAGGACUCAGCUGGAGGAGGCGCGCUCGGAGAACGUCUCUCUGCAGGAGCGUCUGAGCGUCCGGCAGCAGGAGGUGCAGAGCCUGGAGGAGGAAGUCUCCAAGAGGAGGAGGAAGCUGGAGGAGAUGGAGUCAGACCACGAGAGGAGCAGAGAAGAAGAGGAGCGGCUGCACAAAGAGAACUCUGGGUACCGUGAGGAGGUGCUGUUGCUAAGCAGCAGGAACCUGCAGCUUAGCAACGAGAACGCUGAGCUGAGUUCUCUUCUCCAUGGAGACCAGGAGUCGGUCCGGAUGCUGCGGGAGCGCCUGGCAACCGUUGCUAAGGAGCAGGAAGAUGGAGGGGCCACGGUGCGGCGGCUGCAGGACGCGGCGCAGCAGCAGCAGAGAGAGAAGAUGCAGCUGCAGGCGGAGAGGAAGCAGGAGAGGAGGCUGCAGGAGACGGAGCUGAACAACUGCAAGGAGAAGAUGGAGCGUCUGUCUGGACUUCAGUCUGAGCUCAGCAGUUUGACUCUGAAGCUGCAGUGGAUGGAGGAGGAUAAACACAAACUGCUGAGGGAGGCAGAGGAGAGGAACAAGAAGGUGGAUGGUUUGGAGGCGGAGCUUCUUCAAGAUCAGCUGCUCUCCGUCAGCCAGGAGAGACAUGAGCACGCACAGGAAGUGACAUCACUGAACAGGAAGCUGCAGGACGCGCAGAGCACGCUGGAGGAUCUGCUGAAGGAGAAGGAGGCUCCGAGCUCCCUGCAGGAGGAGAACCUCAAGCUGAGAGUCCAGAACCAGGAGCUGCAGCACAAGCUGUCGGAGCUGCAGGUCCGCGGGCUGGAGCUCCACAAACUGACCCUGGAGCAGCAGAACCUGAAGAGCCGAGUCAGAGAGCUGCAGGAGGAGCAGAACCAGAACCAGGACCAG